AUGGUCGGUGCCAAUCUGAGCAGCAGUCCUGGUGACCCUCACCACCUGCUGCUUGCUGGAGGAGCGACCGUGGACGCCACCUGCCCUAUCACUGUGGCGUACCAGGGCAAUAUCGUGGCCCACCGGGACAAUAUCGUGGCAUACCAGGACAAUAUCGUGGCCCACCGGGACAAUAUCGUGGCGUACCAGGACAAUAUCGUGGCCCACCGGGACAAUAUCGUGGCGUACCAGGACAAUAUCGUGGCCCACCGGGACAAUAUCGUGGCAUACCAGGACAAUAUCGUGGCCCACCGGGACAAUAUCGUGGCGUACCAGGACAAUAUCGGGGCCUAUCAGGACAAUAUCGUGGCCCACCAGGAGAAUAUCGUGGCGUGCCAGGACAACACUGUGGCGUACCAGGACAAUAUUGUGGAGUUUCAAGACAACACACUAGCUUAUCAAACAAACACUGUGGCGUACCAGGACAUAAGUCUGGCGUGCCAGGACAACAGAGUGGCGCGCCAGGACAACAGAGUGGCGUGCCAGGACAGCAGAGUGGCGUGCCAGGACAGCAGUUUGGCGCGCCGUACGAACAGUGUGUCGUACCAGGACAGCAGUGUUCCCUAUCAGGACAACAGUGUGUCGUACCAGGACAACAUGAUGGGAACGCCUCACGACGACGUGGGUGCUGUGGGUGGCUUGGGUGGCGUGAGUGGUGUGGGGGAAGGGGGCGGCGGGGCGAGUGAGAGGGGCCGCCGCCCCCAGCGCCACCCCCCCAGCGCUGAGGUGGAAGCUGAGAUGAGACUGUACUUGGACAAGCUGAGAGAGAUCGUCCCGCACAUCCCUAAGAACCGCAAGGUGACUAGACUUGAGCUAAUUCAACACGUCAUCGACUACAUCUGCGACCUCCAGCACGCUCUCGAGGACCACCCUGGCCUCAAGGACGACCCCGCCGCUGCCAGGUUCCUCACCCCACCCACCUCCCCGCACCACCUGCACCACCUGGCAGGUGCACACCACCACCCCCUGCCCAGCCCUGCCUCACCUCACCACCUCUCACCUCUCUCUGCCCUGGCUGCCACCAGACAACCUCUGGGGGUGAUAUCACUACUAACAUACUACAAACUGCAGCAGAUUGGUAUCACUGUUAUGGAACAUUCCAUAGGAGAUUGUCGAUAUUUAGUCUUCCUGAAUUACUUCAUCCUUUAA